AUGCCAACAACAAAGCGCAAGAUAGUCCGGAAAAAGGUCGGUAAAACAUUGCGAGACAUAGAUGAUAUUAUUUGCCUUUUAAGGGAUGCGAACUCUGAUGAUAUUCCUGUGUUUGUUGCGCGGGAUCUAGAAAAAUUACCCCCCGUGUUGUUUGAUCAUAUCGACGUCACGAGACUUCUAAAAGAUAUAGUUAAGCUGCAGCUAGACAUUAACAUGAUUAAAGAGGAGUAUGCUACUGUGGAAAACAUAAAUAUAUUGAAGGGUGAAGUCGAGAUGCUGAAAAAUGCGUCGCUAGUAAAUAACUACAGGCGUAACGUAAAUCAAAGACGCGGUGCGUAUUUGAUUGACAGUUUUAAGUGCCACAGUGGACCUAUGGUGUUGCCACCUAUGGGUUAUGAUGGUAUUAUUCAAGUUAAUGAACAAAUUGAUCCAUCAUUACGAGAACCGAUAUAUCGAGACAUGGGUGAUAAAAUUAAUUUAACGGAGGCUGACAUAGUUGCGGUGCAGGAGACCUGGCUGCUGCCGCACGACCUCGCGUACCUGAGAAGCAUUGACAACGACUUCGCCUUCACUGAUGAUGACUUGAUGGCUAGCAUUAUUGAGAGCCAUAAUGUGGAGUUAGUGUUUAUGUUAGGGGAUCACAAUGCGCACCCUGGUGAGUCUUUUGCUACUGAACUAUUGAAUUUUUGUUUUGAACAGUCAUGGUCGUCUGUGGACAUGGCGCUUCUAGUAUCGGAUAGUCACACGUUCGUCAGUGACGCUCAUGGCUGCCGCCGCUGGCUUUAUGCCGGUGCUUUAUAA